AUGGCAAUUGCUUACUUUAUACCCGAUCAGGCGCAACUGUUGGCCAGAAGCAGGCAACAAAGUGCGCAACAAGCGACAGGCAGCGUCGGCUCUAGUCCAGCGAAUCCCAGGCAUAACGAGUCCCGACAACAGCAGCAGCAUCGGCAGCAGCAACAACAACAACAACAACGACAACAUCGCACCGGCAACACACAAUUUCGCGCCAACAUAUCGGUGCCGCUGGGACGCGAACAGGGUGCCAUGUCCAUGUCGGAGUUCGGCUGCUGGGAGCUGUUGGCCCAAAUCUUUUGCUAUGCCUUGCGCCUCUACAGCUACAAUCCCGCACAGCGCAGGCCGACGGUCAUUCAAAUCUCGUUCGAGAUCAGCAGCAACACAAGCGAUGCAGAUGCAAAUAUAGAAGAUGCAGAUGGCGUUGGAGAUGUGACUGAUGCGACCGCGAAGCGACGGGAGUAG